UGGACUUAUCUUAAACGUACAUCAUUCCCGUAAUAAGAUACACUAUAAAACUAGGUACCUAGCUAAGGUUUCAUUCGCAACACCUUUUGGUUUUCACAGAGACGGGGGAGACAAGACAUUAGCAGUCACUGACAAUGGCUACCAAGGUUUAUAUCAUUUAUUAUUCUACCUAUGGACAUGUUGAGAAGCUAGCCAGGGAGAUAGAAAAAGGUGCUGCUUCUGUGGAGGGAGUUGAAGCAAAACUGUGGCAGGUACCAGAAACAUUGCCUGAAGAAGUACUUGUGAAGUUGGGAGCACCUCCAAAGAGUGAUGUUCCGGUUAUUACUCCCAAUGAGCUUCCUGAGGCCGAUGGCUUUUUGUUUGGUUUUCCUACAAGAUUUGGAUCUAUGGCUGCUCAAUUUAAAGCAUUUUUUGAUGCAACUGGAGGCCUAUGGCGGACACAGUCACUAGCAGGAAAGCCUGCAGGCUUCUUCUACAGCACUGCUUCUCAAGGAGGUGGUCAAGAAACUACCCCGUUGACAUCUAUUACUCAACUAGUUCACCAUGGAAUGAUUUAUGUGCCGAUUGGAUACACAUUUGGCGCUGGCAUGUUUGAGUUGGAGAAGUUGAAAGGUGGGUCUCCAUAUGGUGCAGGAACUUAUGCUGGGGAUGGCUCAAGGCAGCCUAGUGAGUUGGAAUUGGCUCAAGCUUUCCAUCAGGGAAAGUACUUUGCAGGCAUUGCAAAGAAGCUCAAGGGAUCUCAAUGACUCUGCAUUCAUUACUGUUUUCUCAAAUAAAAUAAUAUUUUGAAAUACAAGUGUGAGAAUAAAUCAAUACUUCAUGUACAUGUUCAACUUUUCAUACUUAUCCUGUAUCCCGUAUUGUGGUUAUAUGAGUAUCUUUCUCAGUUGAUCCAAUGACAGAUAAAAACUACCAAGAAACUUCAUUCCUCA